AUGGUGAACACCAGAUCUAAAAUCAAGAAAAUCCAGAACACCAUAAACCUCUGGUUCUCGAAGGCUGCCAUGGCCGACACCAAUCAUCUGGCCACGGAGUCUGGAGCUCUGAUCGGUUCCAACGACGAUCUUUUAAUUGAAAUCCUUCUCCGAUUGCCUGUAACCUCUGUUCUUCGAUUCAAAUCUGUAUCCAAACACUGGCGUUCCCUUUUGAGUCACCCGCGUUUUACCCUACUGUAUAAAAAUGCUUCUUCCUAUCCUGGCCUUUUUGUUCGCAAUUUGUAUAUUCCAUUUAAUAAUGAAGACCGAAGUACUCCUCCAUUUCGUGAUCUCGACUUCUAUCCUGAUCCUUGUGGUAUUAGAAUCGUGCAAUCUUGUAAUGGAUUACUACUUUGUUGUAGCCAUCGGGGGGAAGAACGUGUUCAUAAAUAUUACGUAUUUAAUCCCACCACCAAGCAAUUUGCAGUCAUCCCGUCAGUUCUUGGAGGCGCGGCUACUCGAAAAGCCAUUUAUUUUAUGGGUCUGGCAUUUCAUCAAACAGAUUGUGUUCACUACAAGCUUGUUUGCUUUCACCGUGCUAACCGAGGCGAGCCGUUUAAGAUUCAAAUCUACUCGUCUGAUAUAGGGAAGUGGAAGAUUUCAGAUCAAUCUUUCUCUUUGUCUGCUCCUUAUUAUGCAUCCUUCCACUACAUAGUUUAUUGGAAUCAAGCAAUCCAUUGGGCUCCAUGUUGUGUUACUCCAUGGUACUUUAAGCUCGACAUAGAAGAGUUGCAAUCACUCCCAUUGCCGAUGAUGCCGGAGGCAUCUUCUGAAGGUUAUGAAAACGGGGAUAUGCCCCUUUACUUUGGGGAGUCACGAGGCCAUCUGCAUUUUGUGGAGGCCGCCGAUCGCAGUGUGAGCCAUUUACAGCUGAACGUGUACGAGAUGUUGAACGAUCAUUCUGGGUGGUUUCUCAAGUAUGCAGUGGAGCUUGAUGAGCUUCCGGAUGCUUACCCAGAGAUGAUUAGGGACUAUUUAGAUCCAUCGAGCCGGGGUUAUUAUGAAUUUGAAGUGUUUGAUGUGGUUAGGGGCGAAAGAGAAGAUGAAACAUUCAUGGUGAUUAGAAUUCCAGGGAGGAUCAUAAGAUUCAAUGUUGUGGAUAAGAGUUUCAAACAGAUAUCUGAUCAAAUCUAUUUACAUGGACUGACUGGACAUGUGAAUGUUCAUCGUUAUAUUGAAUCUUUGGUUUCAUUCUUAUACGAGUAA